UAUUAUCGAAAUAUUGAUGCAAUUGACAUCAAUUUCAAUCAAUGGUGUAUGGGCAAAUACACGUACAAAUCUUCCGCCUAGAUUUAAAUCCGAUAACAAUGAUUUUGAUACACAAUCAGAAAUUGUUGUACGUGUUAAAGAAGGUGCUUCCUCAUUGAAUAAAGAAAUUUAUCAUCUUUAUGGUGAAGAUCCUGAUAAUGAUCCAUUGACAUUUGGUGUUCUUGGAACACUUGGUAAAGAUCUCUUACGUAUUGAAUCAAUAUCGAAAAAUGAAGCCAAAGUUUAUCUUAAAAAAGAGCUUGAUCGUGAAAUACAAGAUUCCUAUACACUUGUAUUGACAAUGACUGAUGGUAAACUAGGCAAAGGAAAUUAUAUAACAAAAUCAUUGCUAUUAAUUGUUGAAGAUAUCAAUGAUAAUGCUCCAAUAUUUCGGCCAUUUAGAACGGCUGUUCUAGUCAAAGAAAAUGCAAAGCCUGGAACUUUGAUCGAAACAUUUGAAGCAUUCGAUUCUGAUGAAGGCCGAUUCGGUCAAGUUUUUUAUCAACUUGGUGAUGAAAUUCAUGAUACUAAUUCUUUAGGAUCAAAUAUGUUUUCCAUUCAAACAGUCGAUGGAAAAGGUAUUUUACGUUUGUCCGGUCAAUUGGAUUAUGAACGUAAAUCAAUAUAUCAGCUUAGAAUAUUAGCUAUUGAUCGUGCUAUGGAAGAUUCUAGAAAAACAUCAACUGCUGCUAUCGUUAUUCAAGUGGAAGAUGUUGAUGAUCAACCACCAAUAUUCACAUCGAUUCCAUCGGUCACAAGGCUAUCUGAAGAUACACCAAUAGGUGGCCAUGUUUUACAGGUGACCGCUAUCGAUGGUGAUAAAGGUGUAAAUAAUCCUAUUACAUAUAGAAUUAUCAAAGGUGGUAAUGGUCUAUUUUCGAUUAAUUCAAACACCGGUGUGGUGAGCGUUGCUGGAAAAUUAGACCGUGAAGCGUCGGUUACUGAUUCCAGUGCGGAAGAAAUUAAUUCAUCAGCAAAUCUGUUAUCAGCUUCGUAUAUUUUAGAAAUCGAAGCCACUGAAGUUACACAUGCUGUCUUUCCACCACCAUCAGUAACAACUGAAGUCACAAUUAUUUUGACCGAUGUUAAUGAUGAAAUACCACGGUUCCGGUUUAAAUCAUAUGCUGCUGAAAUUAUUGAGAAUUCUCCACCUGACAUGCCCGUAACGUUUACUCGACGUAAUGCUAAAAACAAUCGAAUGGAUACGAAUGAUUCAAAUAUGAAUCUGUUGCUAGCUCCACAAGUCUAUGAUUUGGAUCAAGGUAACAAUGGAACUUUCACUUUACAUUUAGAAUUGGAUGAUAAUCAAUCGUUGGACAAAGAAUUACGAGCACAACUAGUCGAUACGUUCUACGUAACUCCAAUGCAAAGUACAAACGAUGCUACAUUGAGUGUUCGGGUUAAAAAUUCAGCCGCAUUAGAUUAUGAAAAACUUAAACAAAUCAAAUUACGAAUGAUUGCCAAAGAAAAGGCCCCAUCGGUUGGUCAUAGUUUACGAUUCAAUAGCGCCGAAUUAAUAAUUACAAUCAAAGAUGCCAAUGAUAAUGCGCCACAAUUCAGUCAUGAAAUCUAUUAUGGUUCAGUUUCAGAAGUUCCUAUGCCUGGAACAACUGUGGCUCAAGUUUCAGCUACCGAUAUUGAUGAUGGAUUAUUCGGUACUGAUGGCAUUCGAUAUACAUCUUUAAGAGGUGAUAUUGCAGCUGCACUUUCAUUAAAUUCAAUCACAGGCUUAAUAACAGUAAAAAAUGACACUGAUAAAAAUUCCAGAAAUUCAGUCUAUUUUGAUCGUGAACAACAUGCACAACAUUUCCUUAUUGUAGAAGCAAGAGAUGCAGCCGGUUUCGGUAAUAAAAACACUGUUCAACUAGUCAUCAACAUUACCGAUGUGAAUGAUCAGGUGCCAAGAUUUUUACAGAGUUCAUACACAGGACGAAUAUAUGAGAAUCAAAAACGAUUUGAACAAGAUUUGAUUUUAAGUGCCGUCGAUGAUGAUGCACCAAAUACGGCCAAUUCCCGUAUACUUUAUACUAUUGUUAAUAAUUCCUCUCCAUUUGCAUCAUAUUUUAAUAUUGAUCCAAACUCUGGAAAGAUAACCGUUGCUAAACCAUUAGAUUUUGAAAUGAUACCAGGUCAGAUAGCUGAUUCGCGAAAUAUAUCAUUUAAAGUUCGUGUUCAUGAUCAUGGGAUUCCACCGUUGAGCAAUCAAGUUCCUGUUAAUAUUCUAGUAUUUGAUCAAAAUGAUAAUGCGCCAGUAUUUUCAAAAUCUCUAUACACGAAAUCAAUACCGGAAGAUGUACGUGAUGGUUCGAUGGUCGUACAAGUCAGUGCCACUGAUGCUGAUCAUUCACCAGCUAAUUCUCGUGUUUAUUAUCGUCUACUAUCUGGUGGUGCUGAUAAAUUCGUCAUCGAUAGCAACACGGGAAUAAUUUCAGUUGCAAAAGGAGCAUCAUUAGAUCCCGAUAAAUCAUUAUCUAUCGGCAGUUCCAAAAUGUCCAAAAAAUUGUGGUAUCUCCUUAAAGUGAUGGCUAUAGAUUCUAGUUUCGGUACCGACGAACAAUUAUCCAGUAUUGCUACUGUCAAUGUAUCCAUCAUCGAUGUAAACAAUAAAGCUCCCGAAUUUCCAAACAAUUUACCUGAAGUUUAUGUUGCUGAAGAUGCUAAAAUUAAUCAAUUUGUUACUCAAAUUAGUGCAUUCGAUUUAGAUGAUAAACCUGUGUUACGGUAUUCAUUGGAUUAUUCACGCUCGGAAGCUCGUAAUGAUUUUGGUGUGGCCGUUGAUCGUGCAUUAUUUGCCGAAUCAUUUUCUAUCGGUCCGAUAGAUGGUGUAGUGAGAGUUGCUAAAUCACUUGAUAGAGAAUUGUGGUCAAUAUUGAAGCUACAGGUUGUGGUUGAAGAUAUUGCCGCGAUUACGAAAGGCCAGAAAGCUCGUACAACAUUCACCAUUCACAUUACUGAUAUUAAUGAUAAUCCACCACGUUUUGUUCAACGAUUAUAUCGUGCAAUUGUUCCGGAAAAUUCUAUACCAGGAACAUCGGUAAUAACAGUAACAGCUGAAGAUCGUGAUUUGAACAAAUCGCUAACGUACUCAUUAGAAAGUGAAGAAUUUGAUGUAUUAAGAUUAUUGAGAAUCAAUUCUACAACAGGUGAGAUUUCCGUUCUAGGACGUAUCGAUCGUGAGAUAUAUAAUUGGCUAAAUCUUACUGUUCGUGCUAUCGAUCAUGGUGAUCCUCCACUUUCGGGCACAGCCGAAAUCGCUAUACAAGUUCUUGAUGAAAAUGACAACAAUCCAGUCUUUGAUGAUGAAAAUUUACAUAAAGUUACCAUACCGGAAGAUGCGCCAAUUGGAUCAUUAGUUGUACAAAUAAAAGCAUCUGAUGCUGAUAUUGGUGCGUUUGGAAAGUUAACUUAUUUACUUGAUUCUAGUUCUUCGUUGGGCAAAUUCAAAAUUGAUCGUGAAACGGGUUCGAUUAUUGUUGCCGAUAAUCUUGAUCGUGAACAAAUUCCAUUUUAUAAGCUUUUGGUUCAAGCAUGGGAUAAUUAUGAUUAUGGUUUCAGUACUGGUGAAAGUCGUAAAGCAUUCAAAACAUUGACAAUCGUUCUGAGUGAUGUGAAUGAUAAAACGCCUACAAUUGUAUUUCCAUCACCUGAAUCUGAAUGCACUUUUAUUAGUGAAUUUCAUAGUCCAAACGAUCCAGUUCUCACCAUUCAAGCUCAUGAUGCUGAUGAUCCAUCUUUGCCGAAUGGUCAAAUUUCAUUUACCAUAGUGAAUGGUAAUGAUGAUCAAUUGUUUGAAUUUGCACCAAGUGAAAAUGCCAACAGUGUUGUAGUGAAAACUCGAAGUUCAUUGCGUGGUCGUGUUGGAAAUUUCACACUUUUCAUUCAGGUGAGUGAUGGUGGUUUACCGUCACGUUCAUCAACAUCACCUGUCAAAAUUUGUGUAACCGAUGUCAACGAUCACAAUCCAAUCUUCGUAAAACCUCCAUCUAAUAUGACGAUUCGAAUACCAGAAAAUGCAACCAUCGGAACUCGUGUUGUCGAUGUUCUUGCAUUAGAUUCAGAUCAUGGAUUGAAUGCUGAAGUUAGAUAUCGCUUACGAGAAUUAGCCAAUGGUCAAUGGCGUUCGUUUCAAAUCGAUCCAAUUACUGGUGUAAUAACUUUGUCUAAAGAAUUGGAUCGUGAAACAACUAGAGUUCAUGAACUUCGUGUGCAAGCUUAUGAUCUCGGAACGCCAACUUCAUUGUCUACAGAUUUAGAUAUUACUGUACUUGUGACUAAUGUUGAUGAUUUCGAACCAGAAUUUACACAAGAUGUAUUUCAAGUUGUAUUCACUGAAAAUCUUGCGCCUGGAAGCGAACGUUAUAAACUUUUACCCACUAUUGAUAAAGAUGAUUAUGAUUUUAGCGAUCCGAACACUGCUUUCAAAUCAAUACCAUGUUAUUUCAUUGUUGGUGGUGAUGCAUUAAGCAAAGAUAAUGAAGAAUUAUUCAAAUUGGAUACUUUCACACAUGAGUUGUCAGCAACUAAACCGUUGGAUCGUGAACAAAAAUCUAAUUAUACUUUAAUUGUACAAGCAACCAAUGAUUGUUUUCGUGUGCCACAUCGUGUUGAACGAUUCGAUCCUAAAGAUAAUUCAAUGUUACAAGUAUUAAUUGGUAUCAAAGAUGUUAAUGAUAAUCCACCUAAAUUUAUUAAAAAGAUUUUUUCCGGUGGAAUAACCACCGAUACUGAUUAUGGAACAAUAUUUAUGUCAGUCAAAGCAAUUGAUCCGGAUGUUGGUGCACAUAGUCACGUUAGCUAUUACAUUGUUUCCGAUGUACGAAAAUCAUUUUACGAAGGACUUGAAAAUGUUCCAUUAAAACCAUUUGAAAUCAAUCAACGAACUGGUGAAAUAAGUCUGAAAUUUGAUCCACAAAAAGGAAUGAAAGGUUAUUUUGAAUUUGAAGUAAAAGCCAAUGACACGGAUGGCCUGUACGACAUUGCCAAAGUUUUUAUUUAUUUACUUCGAGGUGAUCAACGCGUUAAAUUUAUACUUCGAUUGACACCACAAGAAUUGAGAGAAAAAUUGGAUAAGUUUCAAGAUGUUUUGGCUAAUAUUACUGGUGCAUUAGUGAAUGUGGAUAGUUAUCGUUUUCAUGAGGCCGACGAUGGAACUGUUGAUCAGAAAAAGACUGAUCUGUAUUUACAUUUCGUCAAUCGAGAUGAUAAUAGCAUAAUGGAUGUAGACAAUGUUCUUAUGUUGAUUGAUAAAAAUAUUGACUAUUUAGAUGAUCUAUACAAAGAAUUCAACGUAUUAAUUAGCGAACCAACUUCAAUGGCCGAACCAUUCAUGGAAUGGGAAGAUCAGUUAAAAGCUGGUCUUGCUGGUACUUCUGCAUUUUUAUUCUUAUUACUUAUUCUGGUCAUUUCUUUAUGUUUAAAUCAAAAAAGCCGAUAUGAACGUCAAUUAAAAGCAGCCACUGUUCCAAUAUUUGGCCAUGAACCACAAUUAACACGAAGUAAUGUUCCAAACACUAAUCAACAUGCAACCGAAGGUUCGAAUCCGAUGUGGAUGACAGGUUAUGAUAAUCAAUGGUAUAAAGAUGAAGAACGUUUAAGUAGCGAAUCAAGUAGCAGUAGUAGUAGCAGUAAUUCAUUGGAUGAAAACGCAUUGACCAAUGUAGCUAUUGAAGAUGAACAUUUAAAUUUUUCUUCAUUGGAUACAUUAGAUCAAGGUGAUGUUACACAUGAACAUAUUGCGGUUCGCAGUGAAUCAUCGGGUAAUAGUUCUUCUUCAACGACAAAUGAUCGAUCGGUGUUAUGUCGAAUCAGUAAUACAUUAUCGAAAGCUACACCAGGUGUUGUUUCAAAUAAUCGUACGACCACCGUAACGGGAAAUUUCGGUACCGUAGGUCGUCGUCAUCAAGUGAUAACCACACAAAUAGCUCCUGCCAAUCCACCAGCCCCACCGAAAAAACCUAUGGCACCAAAACCACCAGCCCCACCAAAUAUUGUAGUCAUCAGUGCUACGGCAGCGAAUAAAAAUGAUCCACGAAAUAGUCAUUAUGUCCCAUCAUCAAAUGUUUCGACAGUUAAUGGGAAAUCACCUUGUAUUAAUAAUAUUUAUAUAGAAACAUUUUCAAAUCAUCAUAAAAAUAGUAAUGGUAAUGCAAUACCAGUUAAUAAUGGUAACAAAAAUAUAUCAUCUACACACGGCCAUUAUCAUCAUUAUCAUCAUCAUCAUCCACAAACAUCAACCACACAGCCACAUCAUUACUUUGGAAUGACCAAAGGUCAAGAUGUUCCUAACGGUCAUGCAUAUUUACCUGACUCUCAAUUGAUGAAUCUGGAGACAACUGAACUAUGAUAAAUCCAUAUUUCUUAUCAGAUUUUUUUUCUCUCCCGGAUCAGAUUGAGAUUUGUUUGAAAAUUGGACAAUAUUUUGUCAUCAUUUGUGCCAUUUU